UCCACACAAGCAAAAAUGCCUCCUUGUGAUUUUGUACCUGAAAAAUACAAAUCCUAUCCGUAUGAACGUAUGCAGAAGAUUCGUGAACAAAAUAUUUCUCCUUCGCUGCGAAUGUAUUACAAGAAGCCAUUGUUGCUGCAUCAAGGACAUAUGCAGUGGUUGUUUGAUUAUGAAGGACAAAGAUACCUUGACCUCUUCGCCGGAAUUGUAACUGUCAGUGUUGGCCACUGUCACCCGAAGGUAACUAUGGCUACCCAGAAACAGCUUGCUCGCCUGUGGCAUACCACUAAUAUCUACAUGCACCCGUCAAUCCAAGAGUAUGCUGAAAAGCUAACUUCUCUUCUUCCGGAUCCACUUAAGGUGGUUUAUCUAACCAACAGCGGGUCAGAAGCCAAUGAUUUGGCUAUGUUCAUGGCAAGGCUAUAUACGCGUAACUUCGACAUCAUCUCUUUCAGAGGAGCAUACCAUGGAGGCAGCCCCUAUACGCUGGGAUUGACAUCUAUUGGUCUUUAUAAGCAUGGUGUUGCCAAUGGCUUUGGCUGUUCAACAACAAUGUUACCAGAUGUUUUUCGUGGUCCAUGGGGAGGCAGCCAUUGUAGAGAUUCUCCAGUGCAAACUGUUCGAAAAUGCAGCUGUUCGGAAGGUGUAUGUCAUGCCAAUGACCAGUACAUUGAACAAUUCAAAGAUACUCUGAAUACCUCAGUGCCAAAGACAAUAGCUGGAUUCAUCGCUGAACCAAUUCAAGGUGUUAAUGGAGCUGUUCAGUACCCAAGAAGUUUCUUAAAGGAAGCUUAUCGGCUAGUACGGGAAAGAGGGGGCAUUUGUAUUUCAGAUGAAGUACAGACAGGAUUUGGACGGACAGGCAGCCAUUUCUGGGGAUUUCAAACACAUGAUGUAGUCCCUGACAUUGUUACUUUGGCAAAAGGAAUUGGUAAUGGCUUUCCAAUGGCAGCUGUUGUUACAACAAAAGAGAUUGCGAGUUCCUUGGCUCAAAACCUUCACUUUAACACAUUUGGAGGAAGCCCUUUGGCCUGCGUAGUUGGAGCUGCAGUUCUUGAUGCUAUUGAAGAAGAUGGCCUACAAAAAAACAGUGAGGAUGUGGGAACAUAUAUGCUACUGGAGUUGGCUAAACUACGGGAUAAAUUUGAGAUUGUUGGAGAUGUCCGUGGCAAGGGACUUAUGAUUGGAGUAGAAAUGGUGGCAGAUAAGGACAGUCGCCACCCUCUUCCAGCUGAAGAAAUCAAUCAGAUCUGGGAGGACUGUAAAGACAUGGGGGUUCUGAUUGGCAGAGGAGGACUCUACAGUCAGACAUUUAGAAUUAAACCUCCUAUGUGCAUUACUAAAAAGGAUGUCGACUUUGCUGUGGAAGUAUUUCAUUCUGCUUUACAGAGACACAUGGAAAGAGCAGCUGCAAAAUAG